AUGGUGGCCGUGACGCCCGCUGAGAAUCAAAGCGGUGGCAAGUCCGGUGCUGGAGCUGCCUCGAAUGCCAGACUCCCCAGACUUGGUCAACGGUUCCACGAUACCCACCUCGUUGUGCCCCGUUGA